UUUCUUAUUUGAUUUUUUUUUAUAAAAAAAUGUCAUCCAAUUUGAAAUUAGAUAAAGAAUUAAAAGAUGAUGCUGAAAUUCGUAACCUUUGGUUAGAGAGCAUCCACAUCCGAGAUCAACAACAAAUAUUUAAAAAGACCAAUGAAUUUUAUGAUUUUAUUAUUGUUGGAGCUGGAACUGCAGGAUGUGUAUUAGCGAGAGAAUUGAUUUAUAAUAUUCCCAACAUUAAUAUUUUGGUAUUAGAAGCUGGUCCACCAAAUACGCAAGUUAAUGAUAUAAUGCGUUCACCAUGUGCUUUUCCUUCGGUUCAUCGAACAAGUGAAACAGAUUGGGGAUAUUCUACAGAAGAUCAAAAAAUGUCCAGUAUUGUUGACCCUACUAAAGAAGUAUUGAAUAAAGGAUUUCCUUAUGCACGUGCCAAAGUUAUUGGAGGAUGCAGCACUGUGAAUGGAAUGAUUUAUAUACGAGGUCAAAAAGCUGAUUACGAUUUUUGGGCUACUCAAGGUCCUGAAUAUAAAAUUUGGGAUUAUGAUCAUUGUCUUGAAGCUUUUAAAGCAGUUGAAAACAAUGCGCGUAAAAGUCCUGAUGAAGAAUUUAAAAAAUAUCAUGGGUUCAAUGGUUUACUUAACGUACAAGAUAGUUCAAAUGACAACUAUGAUAUUCUAAAAGAUAUUUAUAAGAUCGCAAACAAUCUUGGAAUUCCUUAUAAUAAUGAUUUUAAUGGCGUUAAACAAAAUGGAGUAGGAGAAUAUCAGCAUACGAUGAAAGAUGGAAAGCGCUUUUCAUUGGCUGAUGGUUAUUUAACAGAUGCAUUAAAAAAAGUUGAGACUUAUCCCCCUUCAAAACCAUUCGAAAUAGGGUCUCCUCACGGAUUAAGCGAUGAUGCUGCAAAAUUCGUGGCAGUUAAUGUUAAAUCUUUUGCCCACAUGUUAAAUAUUAUUUGGGAUGAAGAAAAGAAAGAUGAAAAUGUUGCAAUUGGCGUGAAAUAUUUUUAUGAUGGUAGAGUCCAUGAAUCUUUUAUUGCUCCAAAGGGCGAAGUGAUUAUUUGUGGUGGUGCUAUUAAUAGUCCUCAGAUUUUAAUGCUCUCUGGAAUUGGACCAAAAAGUAAUUUAGAAGAAAAUAAUAUCAAAGUUCGUAAAGAAUUACCAGUCGGACGUAAUUUAUUGGAACACCCUGAAUGUUGCAUCACUGCCAAAGUUUCUGUUCCGAAUUGUACAAGUGCUUCUCAAUUACAUUAUUCAAGUAAUGGUCUUGAGCUUGGAAUGUUUUAUAAAAGUGAUAUUAAUGGAAAAGUUCCUAGCCAAAAACAUUUCCUUGAUGAACGUCCUAAUAUUCAAUUUUAUGCGAGCACAACUCAAUUCGGACCUGCUCUUAUUGAACCAGGAAAAAAUGAAAUCCUUACUUUGAUAUCGGUUCUUAAUCUCCCAUCAAGUGUUGGUCAUUUAGAAUUACGUAGCUCUAAUCCAUUUAUACAUCCAAAAAUAUUUCUUAAUUUUUAUGAAAAACCUGAUGAUUUGUAUAAUAUGAUGAGCAGUCUUAAACUGUCACGUGAAAUACUUAAACAACCUCCAUUAAGUACCGUUUGGGGUGUGAAAGAAGUUGGAUUUGGUAUAGAUAAAGAGAUGAGCGAUGAAGAUUGGGAACAAUAUAUUCGUAAAAUGUCAUUCACAUCAUAUCAUCCAUGUGGUACUGUAAAGAUGGCACCAGAAUCUCAAGGAGGAUGUAUUAAUCAUCGUCUUCAAGUUUAUGGAACCAAAAAUCUUCGAGUUGUUGAUGCUUCAAUCUUUCCAACUAUUCCGGCUGGUAAUCUUAAUGCCCCCACUGCUAUGGUUGCAUGGAAAGCAAGUAGAUUAAUUAAGGAAGAUUAUGAAAAUAAAGCUUAAUGAUAAAGAAA